UUUUUUUCUUCUCACCGUUUCAGAGCAGUACCUCGCUCCUUCAUUGUUCCUUAAAGUUUUCAUCUGAGGAAUUAAUACAGAUAAAAAGACAUUAGAAAAGAACCUCCACUGCCAAAGCUCAUCAGUAGAACCUUUUAUCAAAAGUACAAACUAUACAAGUUUUUUUUUUUUACCCUUUUGUUUCUGAGGGUUAAAAAAAAAGAAAGGGAAAAAAGAGAGGAAAGGAGAGAAGAGGAGAAAAGGGAAAAAAAAAUCCAGAGCUCUGUCAAUGGACUGAAUGCACCAUUAAAACUGGCGUCACUACAAAGGUAUACAAAUGCUCUCAGUCCAGCCAGACACCAAGCCGAAAGGUUGUGCUGGCUGCAACCGUAAGAUCAAGGACAGGUAUCUUCUAAAAGCCCUGGACAAAUAUUGGCAUGAGGACUGCCUGAAGUGUGCUUGCUGUGACUGUCGUUUGGGGGAGGUGGGCUCCACCUUGUACACCAAAGCCAACCUUAUCCUUUGUCGCAGAGACUACCUGAGGUUAUUUGGUGUUACAGGAAACUGUGCUGCUUGCAGUAAGCUCAUACCUGCUUUUGAGAUGGUGAUGAGAGCCAAGGAAAAUGUUUACCACCUGGACUGUUUUGCAUGUCAACUUUGUAAUCAGAGAUUUUGUGUUGGAGACAAAUUUUUCCUAAAGAACAACAUGAUUCUGUGCCAGACAGACUAUGAGGAGGGUUUAAUGAAAGAAGGUUACGCACCCCAGGUUCGCUGAUCUGCCACCACGUCGUUAAGAAUAUAAAGCACUAUGUUCUUUUAUCUUUUUUGCUCAACAUGUAUAUAAGAAAUGACACAGGAUCCUACUGAAUAGCGUAGAUAUAGAGAGACAGGAUGGUCACGUGGAAUAAAAGGCGGACUGCAUAUGUAUGUAGUGAAAAUUGCUCCAGUUCAGAGUUGAAUGUUUAUUAAAAAAGGUAACUGUACAUACUGCUGGAUUUUUAUUUUAUUUUAUUUUUGGGAGCUUGCUAUUGUUUUUUUUCCUUUUUGUGUCAUUUGGCAUGAGAUGUUUAUUUUGGACUAUUGUAUAUAAUGUAUUGUAAUAUUUGAAGCACAAAUGUAAUACAGUUUUAUUGUGUUACCAUUUGUGUUCCUGUUUGCUUCUUUGUAUUGUUGCAUUUAGUACAAUCACUGUCUAAACUUAUUGUAUAUUUAUGCUUUCUGUAUCUACCAGCUAUUUUAAAUUAGCUGUAUCUUUCUAGUAAAAAGAAUUAAAGAGCAAAUCCCAACCAUUAUGCUACAGUUAAGAGCUUAAAAUACUAUUUACAUUACAGCUAUUUAAAAAAAUAAUAAUUCUGGCAGCAACCACUGCAAACAAUGCUAUGGUUAAGGGUCUAUCAGCACUUGUGUUAUAAGCCUCUAUUUUUCAGGGGUUAAACCUCAGCUGUUUAAUUGUAUAGAUCUCCUCCAAGAGCACUUUUAUUUUAUUACAAUUUUUUUGAAAAACAACUCUGGCUGGUUUGGGAUGUAUUAUAGAAGGCGCAAAAGUGAAUGAUUUUGGGUGCUGCUUUUGUGCUGCUAGAUGUUCAAAAUAAGUUGGUU